UUUCGGCGUUGUUUUUCUUGUGGGGGUGUGACGUAUUAUGUUGUUGUUUUUGUAGUUUUGUAAAGUAAAUCAACAAUUGUUUUGAAUAAUACAAAGUGAAUCGUGCUGCCGGGGGGCCAUUUAAACAAAGAAGUCCAUUUCAAAACAAAACUUUGGCCGGCAAAACAACAAAAUGCAGGUGGAAGCAAACGCUAAUGGCUGUGACGUCACGGUUCGAGAGCAGCAGAAAAGCAACAAAACCAAUGGGAUUUUCUCGACGGCAGUCAGAAGCUCAAAAACCGGAGAACAGAACGCACGGAUAUAUACCUCCACGCCGAAGACCUCCCAUCAUCCAAAACUUCAGCAGUACGUGGGCGUGCCGAAACCCACGGAAAAGGGGCGAGUGGGUGUGGCAACCGCCUUCGAUCCGCUGAUCAAAAAAGUGGCUCUUCUCUUUGGCAUUCUCAUCAUUGGCUACAAAAGCGUCAUUUUAACCAUGCCAUACAUCAGUGGCGACUCCAUCCAGGUGCUGAGCCACCAGUUGCAGAGUCGGUGGAAUGAGGCCUUGGUGUGGGCCACCAGUCACCAGCUGGGCUCCCGGCUGAGCCCCCUACUGUGUGGCCUCUUGGUGGCCGCAUUCGCUUACGGAAUUGUGUACUUGGACAGCGCGGUGCCCGGCGUCAAUCCGCCCUCGCCCUUCUCGCCGCGUUCCAAGAAGCGUUUCCGUGAGGAGAAGACCGCCUCGCUGCACUUGGGCUAUUUGUGUGCCCUCUUCUGUGGAUUUCUGGUCACGAUCUUCAUGUACUUUGAUUUGUACUCGUAAAAACUAUUCCUUCCAUUUAGACAAAUAAGCUCACCAGUAUUAGAAUUCAGUCGCCUACUUUGGAAUUUGUAUUUAUUGUAGUCCUCGUAACUGUGCAAUGCUCCUGAAGAGAAUCGUGAAGGGGUAUUUUGAAGCUAACUUAGUUCCUAGGUACAUUAACUUUAAGUUACUUACUUACACUCUAUAAAUUAUUCAAGUUAUCAAAACUAUAAAAGUACAAAACGGAACAUUUCGCUGUAGAUUUUAGGCCAGACCAGAAGAGUUAACAUAUUUAUAUAUAUCGUCUGGCCUAAGAAUCACGAGAAAACUGUAUAUGGAAAUACCUUACUAAAAUAUAAAUUACUUAUGCACAUUGUUUUGCAUCAGAAUA